UAUUUCUCAAAGGUCUCUUAUGACGUGAACGUGUGACAUGGAUCUGGUGUGAGGACAGAGAUCAUAAACAAUACAUGAGGUUUGUGAAACCUUGUAGAGCAGCUCUGCCUAUUCAUGGCAUCUAACCUGCAACCUCUCUGCACGGGAAAGUGUGUUUGUGGAUGUAUUUGGAUCUUCAGUCUUUCACCAAAAUAAACUGGACAGAAUUCAUUGUUCUUUUUAUGCUCCUGCAGUAAGUAUGACUUGAAGAUGUCAUAUACAGAUCAGUCUCAGAUGAACUUCACUGUUGGAGUGCAGUAUCAGGGGUUACUGGGAUUACUGUUUAUUUCCACCGUGACUACAGCAGCAUGUUGUUCAUUCCUCUGUAUUAACUGGAUUUUAAUUUUUACUUUGAGGAGUAAAUCUGUGUUUCGUGAGACCUCCCGUUACAUUCUUCUGUUUAACCUUCUUUUUGCAGACACUGUACAGAUGGAACUGAGCCAGUUACUGUUCAUACUAGCUUGUUGCAGCAUAAGACUAACAUAUCCUGUGUGUGGUGUCCUUACCAUGCUUGCCAGUGUCGCAAGUGGAGUCUCUCCACUCACACUGGUGGUGAUGUCUCUGGAAAGAUAUGUAGCUGUGUGUUACCCACUGAGGCAUGCUACCAUCAUCACCAUCAGAAACACAGGAGUGGCUAUCAGUGUGGUUUGGACCUUCAGUUCACUGAAUGUCCUCACUCGACUUCUUCUGCUGAUACAUUCUCCAUUUGAGGACCUGCAGAUGAACGAUUUCUGUUCUAUAGUAGCUAUGUUACCUGGGCCACUGUCUGAUCUUUAUGAUAAAGCCUACACUUGUUUUUUGUUUGUAUCAGCUGGUAUGACAGUCAUUUCCUCCUAUAUUGCUGUGAUACUGGCUGCCAGGUCAGCUUCCACAGACAAAGCUUCAGCCUGUAAGGGUCGUAACACACUGCUGCUGCAUCUGGUGCAGCUGGGCCUCAGUCUGUCCUCAACUAUUUACAGGCCAAUGCUCAUAGCUAUCUCAAAAAAUGUAACAAGCAUAACACGUGUGGAAAUCCAGAUUAUUUUGUAUGUGUGUGUUUCGCUCCUCCCGAGAUGCUUGAGUUCUCUCAUUUAUGGAAUAAGAGAUCGAUCCAUCCGACCGGUCCUCGUGUACCAUCUCUGUUGUCGAAUGAAACAAUCCCCCAUCUCAGCAAAGGCUAAGAAAUAAAGCUUUCUUC